UGCAAGUUUUCAGUCAAUGAUAAGGAUUAAUAUCAUCGCUUUGCAAUCACAGAUGCAAGUUCUUCAGGAACGAAACAAAGGUAUUCUGAAAAUGAUGAACAAGGCAAAGAAGGAUGCCGUGGAGAAAUACAAAGCUCGCAAGCUGCAGCUUGAGAUCGAAGAGAAGACAGCUCUUGAGCGGCUGAGCAGAGAGCAGAGCCGUAUAGCGUCUAUGAAUGAUAGCAGAUCCCUCAAGCUGGAGAAGAAAAUGAAGGAGCUUGAGGACUUCUUGAAAGAGCUGAAUACCCUGUCAAUAGACAAAGCCUGCAUGUUUAUAAAGAGAUUUCAUUUAGUUGUGGACAAAAUGAAUACAUUAGCUGAACUUUUAGACGAUUCAAAAAUUGAGAAGAUGAUAGAAUUCCCCAUGGACCCAUCAGAAUUUCAGAGGAAUCGCAGAGAGAUGGUCAGACUCUAUGGACAUUCACCUACUCUGGAUCCGACCACAGCACAUCCUUCCCUCUUUCUAUUUGAUAAUAACACCACUGUGUUGGGAUCUUUUGAUGCACAGCGAUAUCCAGAGAGUGAGCAGAGAUUUGAUGCCAAGGAGCAGAUCCUCGGCACUCAAGGAGUCAGUUACGGCCGCUCUUAUUGGGAGGUGAAGGCUGAGAAAACGGUAGGAUGGAAGAUUGGAGUCUGUUACGUCAACAUGAGCCGGAAAGGGCGGGGUAAUGAAUGCUCGCUGGGACAGAAUGAUAAAUCCUGGUGUGUUCAGUCAGGACCAUUCUCAUUUAUAGCCAUGCAUGAUCGCAACAAAGUUAAACUUAAUAAGAUUACAGGGCAGUCCAUCACAGUGGGGUGUUUGUGGAUCUUGAUUAUGGAGUAAUCUGCUUUUACAAUGUGUCAGACGGCGCACUAAUGCUUUUGCACACUUUCAGGCACACGUUCACUCAACCUCUCUAUCCAGCAUUGGAGAUUACUAAAAAACAGUUUUGACCAUGCUGUCGAUGGAGCAUUGCUAACAUUGUACAAUACUUUCACCUCAGGAAUCACUCCAUUUAGUUGCGUUGCUUCAUCUUCUGUGAGGUCCCACAAACCCUAAGGUGACAUUUUUAACAAACUUUCCUCAUCAUCAUACUGCAUUCCAAUUGAAACAGCUCAGCUCAACAUUGAUUUCAAACAACUGUUUGUCUUGGUAAUUUUAUAGCAAUUUCAGUAAAAUUCCAGUUUUAGUAAUUGCAUAUUAUCUUCCUGUUUUGCAUUGUGCCUGAAUCUUGAAACAAGGCAGAUGACCCUUGUUGCUUAUGCAGCUUGCAUGCUAGCAGAACAGUGCAUGCAAGCAGAGGGGUCAGCCUGCACCAAUGCAGCUGGGCUUGCAAAGCUCUACUUUCCUGCAAUAACAAAUUUGCUUCCUUGAGAUAUGGAAUGCAGUCCAUUUGUUGCACAUAAUAAUUUGGACUGGUACCUUCUCUUCUAUAUUGAACAGACCCCACUAGUAGCUCUAGGGAUAGCAGAUCCCAAAGUGAAUGUUACACGUCAUUCAUUGUAUAUCACUUCAGUUUUGCUUUAUAGUUGAAGGUCAAGGAAACUACAAGAUCUGCAUCACUGAUAGUCAAUCAACUAUUUCCUGUUUUACACUCUCAACUAAAAAACAAAAUCACUCCUGGUUGCCAUUUCCACUUCUGGUUUUGCAGAACCCAGUAUCUUCUGUUAUUUUGUGUUGGGAUUCUUAAGAGAGAAAAUAGGCAGUAAGUUUUAUUCUAAAGGAAAUGUCAAGGUGCUUUUCCUUUUUCGAGCUAAUGUAGAAUCUUAACCGACAAGUGGUGUGCAAUAACUCCUCCAAAGCAGAUGGCAAUUGGAUCCUUCAGUGAAGGGGAGAGAAAAUGGUGAAAGAAGGAGAAUGUUAAAGAAGUGGUUGCAAUGCCCGUCAGUCAGCAGAGUCAAUCCCACAAUGUUGUGCCAAACUAAUUAAAUUAGUAAUUAAACGCCUAACUAAACUAAUCUCUACUGCCUGCACAAUGUCCAUAUCCUUCCAUUCUCUGCACAUCAUGUGCCUAUUUAAGAGCCUUUCAAACACCUCUGUCAUAUUUGCCCCAUCAUCACCCCUUGUAGCACAUUCCAGGCACCCUCCACUCUCUUUGUAAAAAACUUGCCCUGUACAUCUCCUUUGAACUUAUCCCUUCUCGCAUUAAAUGCAUGUCCUCUGGUAUUUGAUUUUUCUGUCCUGGGAAAAAAAAUUCUACCCUAUCUAUGCCCCUCAUAAUUUUAUAAACUUCUAUCAGGUCUCCUCUCAGCUUCCGCCGCUCCAGAGAAAACAACCCAAGUUCGUCCAACCUCCUUAUAGCACAUGACCUCUUAUCUAGGCAGCACCCUCUCCAAAACCUCUACAUCCUCCCUGUUAUGAGUCGACCAGCAUUGAAUGCAAUACUCCAAAUGCAGCCUAACCUGAGUUUUAUAACUUCCUGACUUUUGAAUUCAAUGCCUUGACUAAUGAAGGCAAACAUGCCAUACAACUUCUUUACCACCCUAUCAACCUGUGUGACCACUUUCAGGGAGCUGUGGACUUGGACUGCAAGAUCCCUCUGUACAUCAACACAUUAUCUAUGUUUGGUUUGCCAUUAUCUAUGUACUGUCCUUUUACAUUUGAUUAAAGCUUUAAGUGGUAGGCAUAAAAAUUAAAAGAAGUCAUUCUGAGAAGACGGUCAACCACAAUCCAAACUGUCUGCAAAUGCCUUCAUGGUAUCAAUCUUACCUAAAGUCUCUGAAAAUCUGUGACAUGGACACCUAUAGCCUACAGACUUGAUGAGA